AUUGAUCGCUUAAAUUUUUAACAACAUGGCGAACUCGUAAUAAUAAUAAUUUUGACAAACUUGUUAUGAAUCCCAAGAAAAUCUUUUUGUAGUCUUUCAUAAGUAAUUUCCGGAAAUAUUUACUCGUCAAAUAUCAACUGUAUACAAAUUAAAACACCUCAUACAUAAUAAAGAAAUUGUUUGAGGAAAAUAUUAUUUGUUUGGCUUCUUGGACAUGGCUUGAGAUAUAAUGCGGCGUCGUGGUAUUGAAUUGGAACCAGCUUCAAUGUUGCCCAAAAAGAAAACGAAGGUAAUGGAUGACUGUCCCAGCUUAGAUACGAGUUUCUUCGACGACGAGGCUUUACCUCCUGGUAUUGUCUUCACUGAUGUUCAGUUGAAGAAAUGGCGUAUUGGGAAACCUAUAGGUAGUGUUUUACAGGCAAACUCAUUUAUUUUUCCACCUUAGUAUUCCAGAAGGAAAAAAUUCCAGAUUUGCAUUAUAUUUAAGUUACAAUGAAUUCUAGAUAUUAAAUUAAACUUUAAAUAUAUCAGAUAUAUCAUUGAGAGUGUAAUCAGAUGUCCAUAAUUGUCCUCUGCAGUGGGAUAUGUAAAGACAUUAAUUUUCUUCACUAUUUGAUAUUGCCAGUUAUAGUAAGAUUUUACUUUAAAUGAACAUAAGAAUUAUGUUCCCUGAUGCUACCUUUCUACUGUAUUCCCAAAACUCCUAAAAAAUAUAACCCUAAAUUGGGGGUGUUACGAAGAAAAAAAAAGUAGCACAUUUUCUUUGGCCUUAUUUAUUAGAAUAAUACUUGUGGCUAUACAAAAUUAUAAACAUUUAUUAAUAAACAAUCAACAAUUGACUAAAAAUCAACGAUGAACUCUGAAAUGUAGGUCAACAUUAAAACAUAGUCAUACUUUUAAUAAGAUGGAUGUACUUGAUGAAACAGCAAAAUUAUCAAUAUUUGGCUUCAGUUUUGUAAGAAGUAAACUCAAAUCUCCCUGUUCUGUGAUGUUCAAUCUGCUCCCUUUUUUUUUUGUUAACAGGUUGGUAACGGCACUAAAACUUCUUUCGACUAGAUAUGAUGAGGGAAAUGCUAUCAAAAAUUUUUCUUGCAAAUUCCCACAGCCCAGGAUAUUUUUCGGGGAUUUCUGCCUGCAGCCAAAAUGUUUGAUAGCCUUUUUUAAAUUUCACCUUCAGUUCCUCAUUGGUGCUGAGCUCAAGUAGCUCCUCUUGUAAUACCACAUUCGCCUCUUCUGCUUCAUUAAAUGGGGUUAUGAUCCAUGGUGGUAUUUCCAUUGUCAGAAUAUCUUCAAAUCUAUUUUUGAAGUCAUCAUGCAGGGUAUUUAAAUGUUGAGCGUAUGUCUGAAUAUCAUCAUCAAGACUAUCUAUGACAAGUGCGGAAACUGGGAGAAUUCGCACUAACAAAUAUUUUGCUUCAUUAAUUUCAAUUUACCAAGAAAAGCCGAAAUUACACCCUUUGUUUUUAUUAAAUUAAGGCUGUCCCCUUGUAACUGCAAGUUAACGUCAUUGAAUUUUUUGAACAAAUCUGUCUUAAGUACCCAAUGUCUGCUUUAUAUUUGAUCAGAUUUUCUUUUAAAUCUGGUGCUUUAGUUUCCAGAAACUCUAUCGCUGAUUUGAAAAAUGAGUAAAAUCUUGAUAAACGUGCCCCUUUCGACCACCAGCGUACUUCAGUAUGUAAGAGCAUUUGUUGGAAAUCUUCAUCAUUUUCAUCGCACAAUAGUGCAAAUAAAUGGGUAUUCAAAGCAUUGCUUCUUAUUUUAUUAACUGCGUUAAUCACAAAUUGAAGUGAUUGGUGCAAUCUAUCACUCAUAUCUUUCUUGUUCUUUUCACGUCUAUGUGGAUCCCCGUGUGGUCUCCUAUGGACCCCUGGGGUCCACCUGGACCACUUUUGGAACCUACAAUUUAAAGUAAAUAAAGAACUCAAGGCCAGAUGUUUAUGGUAAUUUCAUCCAUUCAGCAGUUAUGACAUUAAACAUUAUUUAAUUGCUAAUUAACAAUAAUUGUUAUAAAAUUAUUUACUAAAAUACCAGUAACUAAUCAUCUUUUCAAGUGCACUUGCUGGACAUAAGUCUUUUGAAGAAAAUACUAGCAAGUAUUUAUUACUUAGAAGAUUUCACCAGCUUGGUGAGCACAGAGUCAAAAUGUUCACACUGGUAAUGCUGCUUCAAAACACAAAUCUGUGUUGGUGACAGUUUAGGUUACGAUUUUUAAUGGAUUCUCUAUCAUCAUCCUCAGUUCACACAAUUCACAUUAUAAACAAUUAUGUAAUCAAAUCAAAUUAUGUAAUCAUAACCACAACAAGAAAUUAGUUUAAAAAUUGCAAAUUUAACUAGAUUAAAUAUGUCCUCCAGACCAAAUUUUGGUCACGGUGGCCAGUUUCAACCGAGACUAGCCGUUUCUGCAGAAUGGGAUUAUAUUUUAUGAGUAUGUCCAUAAAAGCACUGUCUAUUCCUGCACUCUCAGAAUCUCAUAAUGGGACAUCAAUCCGACACAACCAGAGAGAGGUCACAGACAGGAUAAAUAUAUUAUUAUUAUUAUUAUUUGUGACUAAGGCUGCUACUGAGAAUUUCUUUACAGAAAACCCCAAUAAUUGAUUUGGCAGGAUUGGUCCAGCCAAGUUCCACCAACUUGAUCAUAUAUUAUAUACGACAUGAUCAGCAGUUGUGCUUACCACCACAAGACCAAAGAGAUAUAUAUAAUAAAUCAAAGUACCUAUAAUUAUAAAUGUAAUAACCAUUGAUAUAUAUGUACUAUGCACUAGAUUUCGCAUUCCGAACAUUGACUAUGUUCAACUGAACUGUACUGCAAUCCGUACACUAAAAUUAAAUAUUGCGUAAAUUGAAGAUUUGUGAAUUCCAUAAGAUAAUUAUUAUUAGAUUUUAUUUAGAAAUAUGUUUGUUUAGAUAUUAUAAUAAUAAGAGUAUUUUAUAUUAAAUUCUUAUAUUUAUUUUAUAUUAAAUUAAAGUCUUCGAGCAUCCGCGACUCUACUAACUCCCGCGCAUGCGCGAAGACAUAGAUUAGCACACAAUAUAUUUUGGAAUAGCUUCUCUAGUACGUAGUAUAUAUGUACUCAAUGGUUAAUAACAAAUUUUCUAAUAUUACCUACCAAUGAAAAAAAAAUUAAGUGGUUCCUAGGUUAAAAAUUGCAAAUUUUACUUUAGUAUACAAAACUUACAUGGAAGAGCCAUGCCGAAUAAAUCCAGAUAAAUAAAUGCCUAAUUUAAUAUACAGGAAGGGGAAGUUUUGGACGUAUCUACCUAGCAUCAGAUGAUAUAGAAAAAGAAGUCACAAAACAAAAUGCAAGAUAUGUAGUAAAAAUUGAACCACACACAAAUGGACCUCUGUUUGUUGAGAUACAUUGCCUUAUUAGAACAGCACAGGUUUCAAAAGUGAAAGCCUGGCGUCAACAAAAUAGACUAAAACGAAUUGGUAUGCCACUUUAUAUUGCAAGUGGAUCAUUCACAGAUGAAAACAGUGGUACUAAAUAUAGAUUUCUAGUUUUACCCAGAUAUGAUAUUGAUCUACAAAAAGUCAUAGCCAGAACUAAAACCUUAGACUUGAAGAAUGUUCUAGUUCUUGCCUUACAAAUAUUAGAUGUGCUAGAAUAUUUACACAAUCAAGGCUACACACACUCUGAUAUUAAAAGUUCCAAUUUAAUGCUUGGUUUUGAUGCAACAAAAUUAGAGAGAGCAUCAGUGUCAAGACCAGCACAAUCAUUCCAAAAGGAAGCAAAACAAGUUGUCCUUGUACCUGGAAAGCAUAGAAAAGCCAAAACAGGAAAGUCUAAAACAUCAAAUUAUUAUGACGAUGAAGAUUUUAUUGUAAGAGAGAAAGUUUCCACUGGUGAUGAGACCUGUGAUGGUAAUAAAAGACUGGCUAAUGUGAAGAAAAAACUGAGAAGGAUUCUGUCUGAUAAAGAUAACAGAACCCUACACAGGCAUCAUGCAUUUAAUUUGAGACAGUUGUCUAAUUACGUAGACUAUGAGGACUUAAGUUCUGUUUGUUCAGACAGAUCAUAUCAAAAACUUUUAGAUGAUUUUGGUAGUAAAACUCUAAUUUAUGUGGCUGAAAAGUUAAAAGAAGAUGAAGGUACUAAGCAUGAGAUAAAAAAUUUAGAAAAUGAUUUCAUUCAACUACACAGGGAAGCAAUUUUGUCACAAUCUAAUGGUCAAAUAUUUUUAUUAGAUUAUGGUUUGGCAUCUAAAUUUUUAGAUUCAGAUGGUAAUCACAAAGAUUUUGGUAUGGAUGCUAGGAAAGCUCAUGAUGGAACUCUGGAGUAUAGUUCAAGAGAUUCCCAUAUUGGGGCACAUUCUAGAAGGUCUGACUUAGAGACCCUUGGUUACAAUAUGCUCGAUUGGUUAACUGGAACUCUACCUUGGAAGACUACAGAAGUUCUUGCUGAACCAGAUUUAGUACAUGCUUUGAAGAAAAACUUCAUGAGUGAUAUUAAAUCAUUACUGAAAACAUGUUUUAAGACUGAAUUUUACCCACAGUUUAUGGAAAAAUAUCUACAAUACAUUACAACUUUAGAUUUCACUGAGAAGCCAGAUUAUGAUUAUUGCAGGAAUGUGUUCAGAGGAGAAUUGAUUAAAAAUGGUUAUGUUUUUGAUAAAGAAAUGAGCCUUAACUUUGCUGAACCUCCCAUGUCACCGAUGGGUCGUAAUAAAUUGUGUUACUCAAAAAGGUUUGGUAGAAAAAACACCCCUGCAGAUUUUCUGGCGAGGAAUGGUAAAAAAGAAACAUAUGAAAGGGAAAAUGUUUUUUCCUUAGAAAGUGAUCUUAAACUAGAACUGCUAAAACAGACAUUAAAUACAUCAAGCGACGGUGUUCGCAAACCUUGUACUUCGCGCAACUUUUUCAUAUCAGAUGCAGAUUUAGUAGCACGAUUGAAGAAAUCCUUAAUGCCUCAUGAUGUCCUUGGAAAAAAAUUAUCUCCCAAGAACUUACGAUCUAAGAAAAAAAUUACUAAACGUAAAGGAACAAAAAGACACAGGAAUAGCCUUGGCAAGUUUGGUAACUUCAUGGGCUCAGCUAGACAGUUUACAUGGGCUGAAAUAUUAGCCGGCAACCCUGAAGACAUUAUAAGAAAAGAGAGGAAUAUUGUUAACAACAGUGAAAGAGAUGAAGAUGAAGAUGAUGAUACAACUUGCAAGUAUAGAAUUAGAAAACUUUCUAAUGCAUCAUAUGAAAGCAAUGAUAGUAACAUCCAGUCACCAUUAAUGCAAAAAGAUUACUUGCAAAGUAUGAACCCUACUUAUGCUAUGAAGGAAGUUGUAGCAAAUUUUAAGAAAAAGAUUUCUGGGAAACCAUUAAAAGAACCUGAGGAAUGCCCAUCUGGCUUAGAAGGUUAUACACCAGCAAUGAUAAGAUUAUAUAAAUUAAAAGAAAAACGUGAAGCAAAAGAAAAACUUGAUGCAUUGAAACAAAAUUCUGAAAACAAAGAAAUUGAACGGAGAUCAAGAUGUACCAGAGCAAUGGCC